GAUGAAAAGCUCACGAUUUAUCGCAUUACUGCCAUCCCCCCCUCUCUCUCUCCUGGUUUGUGUGUCCGUACGUUCUCUCGCGUCCACCACAGAAACGUAUUAUUGCCUUUGUUCUUGUUCUUUGUCUUCCGCAACGGCCUCAGUACGCCAAAACAUCCCGAACACGCCAAACAACCACCACAACCGCAACCUAAACAUACAAAUAACCCCCUGAUAUCGAAAUGUCCGCACCGGCGAGCGUCAAGCUGCAAAACCCGUACGUGCCCAUCGCGUACAACCUCAGCAUCAAGGUGGACCUCUCCACCUGGAGUUACGAGGCGGAGGAGGCGGUGCACCUCGAGCGCUGCCCCGCCUACCCCGAUGGCGACACCAUCCAGCUGCACGCCGCCCCUACGAUGGAGGUGACAUCCAUCAAAGGCGCUACCCUCGUGCGUCGUGAUGCGACGGCCCACACACUCGUGCUGAGGCUGGACGCAGAGACGAUCAGCGCGAGUGACCCCACGUUGCACUUCCACUUCAAGCACGUGGUGAACAGGGAGCUGCGCGGCUUCUACCAGGUGCGCUUCCAGCACGGGGGGAAGGAGCACCGCAUGGCGUCGACCCACUUCGAGCCCGUCUCGGCCCGUCUCUUCUUUAUCUGCCACGACGAGCCGGCCCAGCGGGCGGACUUCACGCUGAGCGUGGCGCUGCCCAAGUCGGAGGAGCACUACACGGUGCUCUCCAACGGGCCGCUUGUGUCGAAGGAAGUGAAGGGCGAGAGCGUCGUGCACACCUUCCAGAUGGUACCCAAGUGCCCCUCCUACCUCACCGCCUGCGUGGUGGGCGAGCUGGAGCACAUCAGCACGACGGUGAACAACAUCCCCAUCAGUGUGUACACGACGCUCGGCAAGGUGGACCGCGCGCAGUUCGCGCUUGACAGCGUCGAGUUCGCGUUAAAGUUCUUUGAGAACUUCUUCCAGUGCAAGUACCCGUUGCCGAAGCUGGACCUUGUGGCGGUGCCGGACUUCCCGAUUGGCGGGAUGGAGAACUGGGGCUGCAUCACCUGUGUGGAGUCGGUGCUGAUCGACCAGAAGAAAUCCAGCGUCGACGCGAAGCGCAGCGGGUCGAUGCUGAUCUGCCACGAAGUCUCGCACAACUGGUUCGGCAACCUCGUCGCCAUUAACUGGUGGGAAGGACUGUGGCUGAAGGAGGGCUUUGCGUCGUGGUGCGGCGACUACUCGACGGCGAUGCGGGAGCCGAAGUGGCACGCGCUCGAGGUCGCCGCCCUGUCUGUCGGCAACGCGCUGAACGACGACAUGUACGAGCACAGCCACCCCGUUGAAGUGCCGAUCCUUGACCCGGCCGACAUCACCCAAAUCUUCGACAGCAUCAGCUACAACAAGGGCAUGGGCCUCGUGUUUAUGCUGCAGGCCUUCCUGGGCGACAAGUGGGGCCCGGCGGUGGCGCACUACAUCAACAAGUACCAGUACAAGGACACCAAGACGGUGCAACUGUGGGAGGCACUAGAGGAGUCCUCGCAACUGCCCAUCACCGAGGCCCUCACGAGCUUCACGACGCAGAUGGGCUACCCGAUGCUGCACGUCUCCCGCAAAGACGAGGGCCACAUUACGGUGUCGCAGGAGCCCUGUCGGUUUGUCACGGCGGCGCAGAAGUGCCAGCAGACGUGGUGCGUCCCGUACGUGGUCGAGGGCCUCGACGACGCAGCCGGUCGCGUGACGCCGAUGCUGCGCGGCCACACGGGCGUGGCGGUGGCCCUGCCCGCGGAGGUGGCGAAGUCCGACUUUGUGAACGCCAAUCCCCGGCGCACCGGCUUUUACCGUUGCCACUACGAUUACCCCAUCUUCGAGGCGUGGAUCGCCAAUUACACGAAGCUUUCGCCUGCGGAUCGCCGCGCGCUCUUCUCCGACACCGCUGCGGCAAUCCGCAUGGGCUACGACGACAUCCGCCGCCUUGCCCGGAUCGCCGAAGUGGUGCAGGCGCACGAGACGGACAUCUACGUCCUGCGGGAGUUCAUCUCCACGUUGCAGGUGUUCCUGAGGGCCUUCGACGACGUCGCCCUGCGCAAGACGCUGCGGAAGGAAAUCCUCGCCUUUCUGGUUCCCGUCGCGGAGUCGCUGAUUGCGGUGAAGCCGGAGAACGAUACCGAGGAGCUGCGCCGCAACUUCUACCUGGACGCCGCCGUGUCCGCCCUCCUGGGCAACUGGACUGCGGAGGAGGCCGCCGCCCACCCCCUCAUUCAGUGGGCGCUGCAGCAGGCGACGAGCUUUCUCGGCGGGGGCGAGUUCAGCGCCGCCACCCUCAACUGUUGCCUGCGCGCCUACCUGCAGCUCGCGAGCGCGGAGGAGCUGCCGGGCCGCAAUGCCCAGCUCUACGCGAAGCUGCUGGAGGUCGACGGCAGCGACGAGCUGUGCCGUGCGUUGAUCACCGCCAUGGCCAGCAGCCCUGCGCCGGACUUCGCCAUCGACAUCAUGAAGAAGUGCAUUGAGAACAGCGGCGUGCGCAGCCAGUACGGCGUGCAGGUCUUUCUUGGUCUUCAGGCGAACACCGCCUUCAAGGGGACGGAGGUGUGGGACGCGUUCCGGGCGAGCUUUAAGGGCGUUGACGCGCAGUGGGGCGGCGGUCAGUUCCGCAUUCAGGCAAUCGUGUACUUUGUGGGCGACACGCUGGCUGGCGAUGCGGCGGCCACGGAGUUCGAGACGUUCUUCAAGACGCACCCGCUGCCGAACGCACGCCUCGCCAUCGGGCGUGCCGUGGAGGACCUGCGCCUUCGCGCAUGGAUGAACAACAAAUGGAAGAGCUCUCUCCUGCACCUCAUGCGCCGCCACUAA